CGGGGCUGGGCUGGGGGACCCACAGCUGCCUGUCAGCCUGCCUCCGCCAGCAGCCCGCCAUCCCAGCCCUGAGCAACAACAGCCAUGUCCAACAACAUGGCCAAGAUCGCCGAGGCCCGCAAGGCGGUGGAGCAACUGAAGCUGGAAGUGAACAUCGACCGCAUGAAGGUGUCGCAGGCGGCGGCCGAGCUCCUGGCCUUCUGCGAGACGCACGCCAAGGACGACCCGAUGGUGACGCCGGUCCCCGCCGCCGAGAACCCCUUCCGCGACAAGCGCCUCUUCUGCGUCCUGCUCUGAGCCUUCCCUCCCCACGGCUUCCUCUGUGUGCCGGAAUCCGAGCCAAUAAACGUGCUGAUGGGUACCUGAGGCA